AUGUCUGGUUUCACAUUUGGAGGGGCAACAACACCUGCUGGAGGAUCACUGUUUGGAGCUACACCAGCUGCUUCAGCAGCAGGAAGUUUGUUUGGGGCCAAACCCACAACACCAGGAUCGAAUAACCUUUUUGGUGCAGCAGCACAACCCGCAACACCCGCAUCUGGAACAGGACUCUUUGGGUCAACGCCAGCCUUGUCUACACCAGCAUCUGGUGGCUUGUUUGGUGCGACGGCCACGCCUGCCACAGGGCUGUUUGGAGCAGCUACUACAUCCGCCACACCAGCGGCUGGUGGAUUAUUUGGUGCAACUACUACGUCGACUGCGCCUGCUGCGGGUGGAUUGUUUGGUGCACCUGCCGCAUCUGCUGCACCGGCUACAGGAGGAUUCUUUGGAGGUACGCCUGCGUCUGGCAUAGGGUCAAAUCUCUUUGGAGCAGCUUCUUCGACAGCGCCAGCAUCAGGAGGAUUUUUUGGAGCAAAGCCAGCCGCCUCGGGAUUCUCAUUCGCAGUACCUGGGACCUCAACGGCACCAGCAGCAGGAAGCUUGUUUGGCGCAGCACCCAAACCAUUUGGGUCAAGUGGAUUUGGACAGAGACAGCAGUAUGUAAUUGGGAAUGUCAAACCAGAGAUACCAGUUUGGUAUAAUCUUAUGUAUAUCAAGAACUCAUGGGACCCUACACAUCCCAAUUGCCAGUUUAAAUAUUUCUUUUACAAUUUCGUACAUCCUGAUGAUGUGAAUAAAUAUGGACCACCUCCAAAUGUCGAUCCUUUUGAAUGGCAGCAGGCGGUGAGAGAAUGUCCUGAUAAAGAAUGUAUGGUACCUGCUCUGGCGAUUGGAUUUGAAGAUUUGAAAAAGAGAAUGGAGACCCAAAACGACAUGACAGAAAUGCAAAGGAUAAAACUUGAAGAGAUUGAAGUCAAGAUGAAUGAAAUCAUGCAGUUUCAUGUAGUCCAGACAGCAACAAAGGUUCGGGAGUUCAAGCGACGUCACAUUCAGCUUGCUCAACGUGUUCUAACUCUGAUGAAGCGUGUUCAGAUAUUGCGAAACAGAGGCGUACCAAUCCGGGAAGAUGAAGAGCUUUUGAGAGUCAGACUUGAGAAUGCGCUAGAGCAACUUCGUAAUCCUGCACACUUUAGAGGCAAGAUAACAGAACUAUGGGCGCAGCUGCAGAUCCUAAAGGAUUCCAAAAGACUGCAUCCUUAUAGCAGCCACGGCGUCCCUGACGCAUCACAACUUGAGGCUGUUGGCAAGGUUUUACAAGAACAGCAAGCAGGUCUAGCGCACAUCACUUCGAUUAUUCAGCAGGACAUGGAAGACAUUGAGAUCUUGCAGCGCAAACUAGAGGAAACAAAACGAGCAUGAAAGUGUAAACGUUGCUGGACAAUAAUAAAGAUGUGGUUUCUCAGUGUUCUCUUCAAAU